CAUUAAAAUUCACGUUAGACAAACAUGGCUCUAUCACCUAAGUUUUUCCCCAUCGAUCUAGUUAGCGAGAUCUUAUCCGCUCUUCCCGUGAAAUCUAUUCUGCGAUUCAGAUGCGUUAGCAAGUAUUACGAUAAUCUCGUUUCCGAUCCCAAUUUUGUAAAACUUCAUCUCAAGAGAUCAGCAGCACGAAAUCCGCAAUUCAUACUAAUGGCCGAUCACUACCUACACAUCCCAGGUGAGUCCCCCUAUGGCAGUGACGAUGAUUAUGACGUUGAUGAAGCUUUCAUUCCCUAUUCUUUAUGCAGUUUAAUCGAUAAUCCCUCUUUUUCCCUUGAAAUUGAUCCUUAUUACUUGGUGAAAAACUUAAAUUACCGUUUAAUUGGAUCGUGCAAUGGAUUGAUAUGUUUAGAGGGUAACUCCAUCACCCGUGAGUAUUAUGAGUGUUGGUUUCGAUUAUGGAACCCAGCCACCAAGACAACGUCUCCGAAAUUCGGAUUCUUACGCUUAUUUGUCAAUACUCUCGCUGAUGAUGGCUAUUACCAAUUCAACUUCGGUUUUGAUGAUUCUACAGGAACUUAUAAGGUAGUGGCCUCAUGUUAUAAUAAACGUGAACUAAAAAGUAAGGUCAGAAUUCUAACUUUUGGUGAUUCUGUUUGGAGAGAUAUUGGAAGUUUUCCUGUUGAUCCUUUGAAUUUGGGCUCAGUUUUGGAAUCUGGUGUGUAUCUCAAAAGCACUAUUAACUGGUUUGCUAUUCAAAAUAAACUUCGCUAUAAUUAUAAGGAUAUUACCGCUGAACAAUGUUUUAUCACUUCCCUUGAUUUGAGAACCGAGACUUGCAAUAAGUAUUUAUUGCCUCGUGAUUUCAAAGAGGUUCCUCCUUCAGAGCCAAUUGUUAGUGUGUUGGGGGGCUAUCUUUGUUUUUCUUAUCAUAACGAGGAACCUUAUUUUGUUAUAUGGAAGAUGGAGAAAUUUGGAGCCGAAGAUUCUUGGGCUCAAUUCUUUAAAAUUAGUUAUCACAAUCUUCAAAUUGAUUAUGACUAUAGUGACAAUUACAUAAAAUAUCAUUAUCAAUUGAAGCCGUUAUUCCUUUCUAAAGACGGUGAUUCAUUGAUUCUAACAAGCAGUUUAAAUUCUCAAGAGAUUAUUUAUAGUUGGAGAGAUAAUAGAGUGGAGCAAAUAGAAAUUACUGCAAGUAGAACAAUUAAUGAUGAUACAACUAUGUAUAGGGCCAGGUGCACAGACGAGGAAUAUUUUGAAAGCUUAGUUUCAGUUUUAUGAAACAAACGACAGUACUAUAUUCCUUAACUUCAUGUGUGGGAUUGCAGAGAAUUAGAAGGACUGCCAACAACAACUAAGACAAUGUGGAAAUUAAAAGCUUAGAAGAAGAGCAGCUAAUUCAGUGUCUGUCUAAGGAGGAUGAAUUCAAAGGAAUGUGAUUUGAAUUAGUUAGGAUUUUAAAAUUACUGCAUUGCAAUGUUUAUUACUUUUUCGUUUAUGUUUAAGCCUUGGUGAGAAAAACGCAUAACUGUUAUUGACUUGUAGCAAUUGUAGAAGGAAUUCUACAUUUUUAGUUAUUAUGUAUUAAUUAUUGUGGUUAAUAUCCACACCACAAUUGACACUUUCAUUUAUUCUUGUUAGUAUUUUUAAUUCACUUAUGUACUAACCAGUGUUCAAUUCAGCAUGUUCCUCUGAUACAUCAGAUAAUUAAGUGUGCUAUAAGAUUAAGAGCGACAAAACGGGUCCGGCCCGUUAGACAUGUCUGUUUUGCCCACACUUUAGUACGGGCGAGCCAAGGAUUUCAACCCUCAUCCUAUAAUGUGUCCGUCCCGCCCCGUUUUUUUUGCGGACUUUUGUGAGCAUGAUCAUUUACAUAAAUUUUUGUGUUUUUAAACUUAAAAGGUGCAUUGUCCGCGGGCUUUCUCCGCCCUGCCUUCAAUCUUUGCAGGGUGAACUUAGGUUUUAGGCUGGCAUCCUCCACUAUAACCGCAUCACCCUGUUUUUUUGCAAGCUUUUACCGGGCACGCCUAAAAGGGCGGACAUGCUCGUUUGCCAUCCCUAAGUAUAAUAUGAACGUACAAUGAAUUUAUACUAUUUAAACAUUCAAUGGAUUUAUAGUAUUUAAACAUUCAAAGAGUCUA